UAAUUCAUUCCCCAGAUGGUCGUUCACUUCACACUCCCCUUCACAACGUUCAUCACUGCGACCUUUCUCCGAUCUCCCACUCCGGCGACCCUUCUCCGAUCUCCGCACCAGACCUCUGAUCGACGGCGCUGGCUACUGCUCCUUCUCCGAUCUGAUGAUCAAAAACUUGAAAGGGGUAAUCUUGCUUUGAAGAACAGUAUGACUGAGAAAAGUCCUGUUAGGAAAAGAAGUUCAGAAGGGAAGAUGGUGUUCAUGUUUGAACUGCAUAAAAUGCCUGGUCAAUCUCAAGUUCAAAAAAGGGUCAAUACUAUACCAGCAACCGAAGAGUUAUUAACAUCAGUCGGAGGCAUUCCUUAA